CUUUCAGAGUUUACAUACAAGCUAGCGAACUAGCCUACGGGUUGCAUACGCAUUUUUUUUUAUGUUUCCACAAAUGUUUGAGUCGUUUGGAUUAUCUGUCAGUGCCACAAAGCACAAACGAUUAGCUUAGCCGCGGCUGUGAGUGAAUGAGUUCAUCGGUUUCUGUUUGCGGCAUUUAACUUAAACUGGCACUCUGUCCCUUCGAGUCUGAAGAUUAGCAGAUUAGCUAGCUGGCUAACGCUAGCUUGGUCACGAAACAGUAUCUGGAAGGGUGACUCUUCUGCACGGUUAGCUGCACGGUUUGGCAUUCAAGUACAGCGCUGUUGGAGUGGUGGGUGUCAAAUUUCCGUGUUUUACCGUCUGUCUAGCCAACCAGACAGCACCGUAACAUGAAGUUAUGGAGGAGCGAAAGCUAAAGAGAAAGAGUCCCAGGAACUCCACCAACACAGCGGCUCCGACUGGUGGGUCUGGCCGGAAAACCAGCGCUUCCUCCGUGGGACGACAUGUCGGCUACAGCCAUAACACGGGAACGCACUCCAGCCAAAAGAGCAAGAGCAGGAGGGCAAUUAGAGACAAACCCAGGCAUCAUCUGGGUUUGGGUGCAAAAGCUAAUCAGAACCAGGGCCAGGCAGCACCUAUCAUCCAGCACUCCUUCCUGACUGAUGUUUCAGAUGUACAGGAGAUGGAGAACGGCCUGCUCAGUCUCCUCAAUGACUUCCACUCAGGGAAACUGCAAGCAUUUGGCAACGAAUGCUCCAUUGACCAGAUGGAGCAUGUGAGAGAGAUGCAGGAGAAGCUGGCCCGUUUGCACUUUGACCUCUAUGGUGAGGUAGACGAAAUGCCGGAGGACCAGAGGAAAAUGGCCUGUGACACCAACAUGGACAAAUUACUUCUCAAUCUUGAGGAGCUGAGUUCUUCUAUUCAGAAACUGAAUCUAGCCGACUCCCAAGAGAUCCCAAGGACUGCCAGCAUGUGAUUUUCUCUCCCCCUCUCAUCCCCAUCUGACCCAGCUGUUUGUUUCAUGCCGUCGAGAGGGACUGCAACAGAUGAGGUGGAGUUGAAGCACGCUUGAGGCACUUUCUCUUAAGUAAUACGGCAACAAAGCUGUUCACCAGCGUUCCCUGUGUGUACAGGGGAAUGGAUGUAAUGUAACAUGUCCCAACAGGGAUGCACGGACAGCCUUAUUAAUCACUCAGAUCGAUUAAAAAUACACUUAUAAUCUUAUCGCACUGAACAGCAAGAGUACAAUAAUGAACUUGGUGAGAUAAAAUUGACUUUCACCAUCAGAUCCAGUAUAUUCCCUUUUCUCUUAGAACCAAAGUUAUAUAAAGGAUGGUUUAAGAUCUAUUAUCUGACCUUCAGUGUUAUACUUAAUAUAGUGGCAUUGGUGCAUCCCUGUCAUGGCCUGUUUAAAGUCAAGCAGUCGUCAGUCCACUAGUUUCCAAACAGUCUAGAUUUGCAAUACAUUGCUAACCAAAGUGAUAUUGAUAUGAAGCUCUCACAUUCGUUGUUGAAAUCUUCAGUGUUUGUUUAUGGGCUUUGUUAAAAGUGAACUGUUGCAAUUUUCAGAUAUAAAUGAAUCUACUCUGUUGCACUUUGUCUUUUCUAUUGUCACAGGUCAGUCAGUGUCGUCACAAACUAAACACCCAGAGCCAGACUUGUCAAAGUACAGAUGCAGAAAUUCUGACUGGUUAAUAGAACUUUAAACACAAGCUUAGACCUGAUCUGUGAGACGAUAACAACCUAAAAACCUCUCCUAAUCAGGUUAAAAUUGUACUUAAAUUCACUAAAUCGUCCGAAAAAAACACAUUUGAACGCACAGAUGUACACAUGUGUAAAAAAAAGUUUGUGCUUUUUGCGUAGAAUUUCCUGCUUCAUGUGAGUGGCCUGGUAUCACCUGCAACACCUUGCUCAGUGUUGAACAUAUUUGCACAUAUCCAUGCAACAUGCGGAACACGCUGCACAUUAUCACCGGUGUGUUGGUUUGACGCUGGAAAGAAUAAUCCAAAUGUUGAUGUCACAGCCAUGCCUUAAUUUUUUAUUUAAUCAUUUUGCCUUAUUGGUGAUAACCUUUUAAUUGACUUACAUAGAACAUGUUGAUUUUAGGUUUGGAUCCUGUGUUUUAAGAUAAUCAUUUGAUGCUGCUUAUUUUUGCUUAUUUUUACCAGUGUUGUUGGGGGGAGGUGGGACUGUUUUGAAGAGUUUUCACUGUUUUGUGAUUUUCCUUUUAUUGUCUUAAUAAAUGUGUUGUCUGAA